AUGGGUGCAAACUAUUCAACAGGUGAUAUUCCCAAUGAAAACAACAACAAUCAAAAUAAUAAUAUAAAUAGUAUAAAUAAUAAUAGCAACAAUGGCAAUGGAAUAAGUAGUUUACUUUUAGCUACAGAUACAGCCAUAGCAAACAUGGGUCUUUAUCAAAAUGCUUUAAGCGAUAACUUUAAACUAUUGGUUUCAGAUAAUCAGUUACCCGAAGAUUUAGACUCAUUUAUGGAAUCUUUGUUAUUCAGUUUAAAUUUUUCAGAAGAUUCAAACCACACCUAUAUAAAUAAUGUAUUAAAUGACCUAUCAAAGCAGCUAGUAAAAAAUAAUUUAAAAACCAAAAACUUUAAUAAAAUACUGUCCCACUUUAUAAACAAAUUAAAUCUAUUUAAUCAACAAUUAAUCACAAUAUCAAAGUCAAUUCAGGAUAGUAUAAAUAGAGAAAAUAAACAACAAUUACAAAUGGAUCAAUCAGUAGAGAUUCAAUUGUUUGCUCAUCAACAGUUUUUAGUUAAUUAUACAAUUCUUUUACAAACUUUUACAAAAUAUAUAAUAGAAAAUAUGGAUCAUGUAGAUAUUAUACAGCAAUUUCUUGGAGUUGAUAAAUCAUAUAAAACAAUACCAUUCGAUUUAAUAUUUUCAAUUAUAGGCUUUUUAUCAAACGAAAUAAGGGAUUGUUCAUACGAUUUGCAUGAUGUGUUGUUAAGAUUUUUAUUAAUUUUAUUUUCAACCGAAAUGUAUUUACCAUUACCAAGUAUACAAGAGGAUUUUCUUACAGAAACAUAUACAAUCGAUGCAAGCUUUUAUAAUUUAUUAGAACCCAAAACAAAUAUUUUUUUAAAUUUAUUAAUGGACACAGUCUCUUCAAAUUCAAACUCACCAAUAUUUUUUAGUUUCAUGAAUAAUCUUUUAAAUAAUAUUAUUCAAAAUAAACAACCACCAACAACCUCAAAUAGCUUUUUAGAUUCUAUUGGAAAUGCAGCAUCUUAUUUAUUAUUAUUACCAUUAAAUGCAUAUAAAUAUUUUUUCCCACAAAACAAUAGCAUUGGAAAUUCAAUGACUGAACUCUCACUAUUAAAUUUAUUGGUAUUGGUUCAAUAUAAUUACCCAAAAGGAAAUCCAUUUAGAAAUAUAUUAUCACUAGUUCAAGAUAAAGAUUUUUCAAUUGAUUUAAACCCAAAUCCGAAUAUAUUUCAAAUUAGAAUAUCAAUGCAGAAUUUAUAUGAAAAUAUUAUAAAAUCCCCAUCCUCUGAUAAAAAUAUUUUGUUACUUUAUUAUCUUUUACAAGAAAACACUUUCUUUUUUAGAUAUGUACAAUCAAGAACUGAUUUAGAUAGUUUAAUUUUACCAAUGAUUCAAAUUUUGUAUAGUUCAUUUGAAGAUAAACCACAACAAGUUUAUAUGAUUUUAAUUAUAAUCUUAAUUUUAUCCCAAGAUCCGUUAUUUAAUCAAAAUGUGCAUUCACUUAUUGUUCAUCAGGUUUUAUGGUAUAAAGAAAGACUUUUAAUUGAUGUUUCUUUGGGUGGGAUUUUAAUGGUAGUAUUAAUUAAAUCAAUUAUGCUAAAUUUAUCCAAAGUCCGUGAUGCGCAUUUACAUACCAAUUGUUUAGCUAUUUUAGCAAAUUUAUCAUCAAAUAUUUCACAUAUUCAUCCCUAUGUCGCAAAUCGUUUAGUCAAACUUUUAGAAAUACUUAGCAGAAGAUAUAUUAAAUUGAAAAAAAUGAUUACAAGCAACUCAUUUGAAAAUUCACCACCUAAUAAUAAUAAUAAUGAUAAUAAUAGUACAAAUGAAUUAACUAAAUCAAUGUCGUCAACAUCAAUCACAUCUGAUGAUAAUAUAAAUAAUAUAAAUACCAAUGAAAUGGUAUCAUUAGAUAGUAGUCAUCUACAACAACUUAAAAAUCUCGAAAAUCAUAACAAUACUAACAAUAGCUUUAUGAAUAAUAGUUCAUUUUUAAACUCACCCGAAUUAAACAUGCAGGAAUUACAUUCAGAAGAAUUAACGACUCAUUCCGAAUUUUUGUAUAUUGUUCUUCAAAUUAUUAACAAUACUUUAACCUAUAGAGCAUAUUCGAACCCAAAUUUAAUUUACUCAUUACUUCACCAACUUGAAUAUUUCCCUGUAUUUGUAAAUGAAGAAAACUUGUCAUCUAUAUCAACAAAUAUUUUUAAUAUACUUCAAUAUUUUUCAAAUGAAUUAAAAUACUUUACACACAGCCAAUCGCAACAAGAAACCACAGCAGAGUCAAUUCUUUCAUUUAUUGAAAGCAAAGCAAAAUCAUUACCAAUACCAUCACCUGACCAAGAGAGUAAACUUAGAUUUAAAUAUGAAGAAGAACCUAAUAGCUAUGAAUUUAUAACACCAUACGUUUGGGCAAUAGUAUAUAAUUACUCUGGUGACUUCAAUUCAAAAAACAUUACUUUAUUCCCAACUGUUGACGUUUCAACUAUAAACAAUCCAAGCUCAAUUGAUUCAAACAAUUUUAUUCCUCAAAAAUCACCAAACCAACAACAACAACAACAACAACAACAACAACAACAACAACAACAACAACAACAACAACAACAACCAACUAUUUUAUCACCACCUCAAAUAACAACAACUUUAAAUAAUAUAACCCAAGAUGGUAUCAUGGAAAAUAAUAAUAAUAACGACAAUAAUAACAAUAUUAUUUCUAAAGAAACUGAGGUUAGUUUUGAUAAACUUUCCGAAAUAUCACCACCAACCCAAAACCAAAUUUAAAUAAAAAUUUUAAGAUUAAUUUUUAUUGUAUCAAACU